AUGAGUCUCGGCAGAUGGACCGCGAGAUAUGAGGACACCAACGUGCGCAUGCGCAGGAAACGCGGCGGGACAGCUGGCGGGCCUUCAUUGGGUAUCCGCGUGGGCGCGGGGUCCGCCGCGACCGUCAGCCUGCUCGGCGUUUCUGGGGGAGGUGGCAUCUACGGCAGCGCUGGUGGAGGCUCGGGGCGAGGAAGGGGGAGAGGAGGGGUGGGAACAGGAGGCGGAAUAGGGGGCCCAGCAGCAGGGGGAGUGGGGGUGAUGAAGCUUGUACAGGAGCACUAUCUGAGGGAGGACAUCAAGUGCGGGUCUGCGCUGUGCUACGCGUGCUACACGCACCUCCCCCGCCAUGACCCGCUGCUCUUUGGGGAUGUGCUCCCCUGCCAGCUGCUCCCCCGAGAGCUGCUCUGA